UGAUCUACAGAUCGACAAUUUUUUAAUUUCGUGUUAUAACCGAUAUAAUUUAAAACGUUUUUACUGUCUUUAUUUUGUUUCAGUUUAAAUAAUUGUUAUAGCAUUUAAAUAACUUUCAAUAUCUAAAUAAAAAAUAAGAAAGUGGUUCAUUUGACUAUUGUAGUGAAACAAAUUUGAAACGUUCCAGUCUGAAGUGUGUAGCUAGCUCGAUAUAACUGUCAAUCUGGGUGUAGAAAUUUAUUUGUAAUUUUCACCGGUUCUUUAGUUCAAUUACCGAAUGUAUUAGACAAUAUUUGAAUACCCGUUUGAUGCAAAAUAAUGUUAAUUAGUGUAUAUGGUGUAUAAAAUAGUGAAAAAAUGGAUGACGGUGCGAUCAAAAUUCAAUCUGGGAUUAACAUCAACAUCAAAAGAACAGAUGGCCGCAUACACUCCGCGAUCGUGUCCGGUAUCAAUCUGGAGACGCGCUCGGUGACGGUGGAAUGGUACGAGCGCGGCGAGACGAAGGGCAAGGAGGUGGAGAUAGACGCGAUCCUCGCACUGAACCCGGAGCUCUCGGUGGGCACGAGGCACACGCCACACUUGCAGCCGAUGCCCAAUAAAUUGGCCAGGGACCCGUCGGGCUCGUCGUCGGACGACGGCGGCUUCCUGCGCGAGGGCGGCGAGGGCGAGGGCGCCGGGGACUCCGGCCACACGCUGCCCGUGCGCAACUCACGAUCGGAUAUGACGCGACAGUCUAUACCAGUGGCAACAAAAGCGCCGACCAGAGUCACCCGCAACAAUCAGAUGCGGGUGUCGAACGUGGGCGGCGCGUACACGAACGGGCACGGCGGCGACACGACGGGGCGGCGCGGGGCGGAGAACGUGCCGCCGCCGCAGCCGACGCAGCCGACGCUGCAGCCGCAGCCGCAGCAGACCAACAGGGUCACGCAGCAGUUCAACCCGCCAGUGUCAUCAGCGCGGCCGGCGGCCGUAGCGAGCACGGUGUCGGUGCCGCACGCGGUCGCGUCGGGCGCGGUGCGGCGCUCCAACGUGGUGAAGGAGGUGGAGCGGCUCAAGGAGAACCGCGAGAAGCGGCGCCAGCGACAAGCGGAGCUCAAGGAGGAGAAGGAGGCACUAAUGAACAUGGACCCGGGCAACCCGAACUGGGAGUUCCUGGCGAUGAUACGCGAGUACCAGAGCAGCAUCGAGUUCCGGCCGCUGGUCGGCAACGAGCCGGUGGAGGACCACCAGAUCACCGUCUGCGUGAGGAAGCGGCCGCUCAACAAGAAGGAGAUCUCCAAGAAGGAGGUGGACGUGAUCAGUGUGCCGACGAAAGAUCAAAUGAUAGUCCACGAGCCGAAGAACAAGGUGGACCUCACAAAGUAUCUAGAGAAUCAGAAAUUCCGCUUCGACUACGCUUUCGACGACUCUUGCACUAACGAGGUUGUUUACAAAUAUACAGCAAAGCCGUUAGUGCAGACGAUAUUCGAGGGCGGCAUGGCCACGUGCUUUGCAUACGGACAAACUGGAUCAGGCAAGACGCAUACUAUGGGGGGAGAUUUUCAGGGUAAGAUGCAAGACUGCAAGAAGGGCAUAUACGCGAUGGCGGCGCGCGACGUGUUCGCGUACCACAAGUCGCCCAAGUACAAGCCGCUCAACCUCAUCGUGUCCGCUUCCUUCUUCGAAAUAUACUCCGGGAAGGUAUUCGAUCUCCUAGCGGACAAGGCGAAGUUACGUGUGCUGGAGGACGGCAAGCAGCAGGUGCAGAUAGUGGGGCUCACUGAGAAGGUGGUGGACAAUGUUGAGGAGGUGCUCAAGCUCAUACAGCACGGAAACGCGGCUAGGACGUCGGGACAGACAUCAGCGAACUCGAACUCGUCGCGGUCGCACGCCGUGUUCCAGAUAGUGGUCCGGUCGCCCGGCAUGCACCGCGUGCACGGCAAGUUCUCGCUCAUCGACCUCGCGGGCAACGAGCGCGGCGCCGACACGUCCUCCGCCAACCGGCAGACGCGUAUGGAGAGCGCGGAGAUCAACAAAUCGCUGCUGGCCCUCAAGGAGUGCAUCCGUGCGCUCGGCAUGAAAGGCAACAACCAUCUGCCCUUCCGUGUUUCUAAACUCACACAGGUGCUGCGCGACAGUUUCAUCGGCGACAAGUCGCGCACGUGCAUGAUCGCCAUGAUCUCGCCCGCCAUGUCCUCGUGCGAGCACUCGCUCAACACGCUGCGGUAUGCUGACAGAGUGAAAGAGCUGGGCACGUCGGAGGGCGGGCGGCGCGGCGAGUCGCCGCUCGCCGACCGCGACGUGGAGAUGGAGCCCGCCACCGACGACCUGGCGCAUCUGCGCUCGCUCAACAACAAUUGCUAUCUAGCAUACGAGCAGGAGGGCGACAUGUCAGCAGAGAUGUACACGUUCCACGAGGCGAUAGACGAGUUGCAGCGGGCCGAAGAAGAAGUGUUGGAUAACCACAAGGCGAUCUCGGACUACUUGCAGCACGCACUGCAACGCUGUCAGCAACUGCUGUCUAUCACGAGGGACGUGGAUUAUGAUCAGGAUGCAUACGCCACGCAAUGGGAGGAGUUGUUGAACGAGCAGCUCGCGGUACUAGCGCAGUCCCGGGAUCUGGUCGCCGAGUUCCGCGCCAAGAUGCAGCAGGAGGAGCACAUAUCGCGCCGCAUACAGCCGCCGCGGCACUAGCCCCGCCCCUCCGUUCGUUUUUCACACUGGCAACAUUCAACCGUCAAAUGUCUACUGUCAUCUGUCAACUGUCAAACGUCAACGGCCACAAGGCACGCUCCCGCGCUCUCGAUGACGUCAGCUGUCAAACGUGUACGGCCUGAAGUUUGCGAUUCGAAUUUUGAAAUUUUCGGUUCGGUUCGUUUUUGUUUUAUAAUUGUCGACCGCUCGGAGAUUUGCGUGUGCCGUGGACGCGUUGUGAAACUCGGUGCGUAUUGUCCAAGCUCUCUCUUCACCUUCCGUCGCAUGAUUAGAAUAUAUUUUUGUAUAUCAUUUAGUGCAUCGUACAUAUGUAGUAAAGUUCCUAUGUAUAUAACCGCUAUGUAUGCAACUAUCUAAAUUGUUUCUUAUUAAAUUUUAAGUUGUAUCUAUUCAUUUUGGUAUUCUACAAUUCGCAUCGAGUACUUUUCGUUUGACUAUGUUUGUAAUAUGAAGAGUUUAAAAAUAAUUGACAAGAUGGCGGUUAUGGCCCAAGUCACAUCUGUAUGACAUUCACAGUGUUCUGUAACGCAGUCUCUUUCUGUCAAUCAGAAUUAUUUUAAAGCGAGAAGCUUUCAAGCUUUGCUUCUAAUCAUUGACAGAUCAUUCUUUCUCGCUCUUGUGUAUGAUACUUCUGAAUGACAGAGGAAGAUAGCAUUAUAGUACAGCCAUAAAGAUGUCGCUCUGUGAAAUUAUAAACAGUAUUGAAAUGCUAAAACAUUGUAGCUGGCCUACGUUUCACCUCAGUCCAGACAAACGCAAGCUUACAUCAAGAUGCCGUCGUGUCAAUAUAUAGACUGUUUAUUUUAGGAUGUGUUCUAAGCACGGACUAAGCCCGCGGUACAACUUACGGCGAUAAACUGUAUUCUAAUAAAAAUUGUAACUGGACAAGUGUAGUUUUGUUGGUUACACGUGGAAAUAAAUGUGUUUUAAACUGAUUUAAAACUGUUUAAUUUUCAUUGAACUUUGCUAUAUUUAUUGCUUUGAUUUGUAUUAUCUAUGAACAGUGUAAAUGGCGCGAAACGGCCAUUUUGAAUUCUUCUCAAGUCUGCAACAUGCAAGUAACGCGAACGAUUGAAUCAAUUUAAAAUAUAUUUAUUUCAGAUUUACUAAUCGAUUAAUAUGUGUUUAGAUUGUGAUCCCACUUUGUAUUGCCAUUCGAUAAGAGAAGAACGAAUUAAAAUGUCCGGUGUGUUUUUAUUCAGUUUCGAUGCAUUUAACUCUGCUAAAGGCCUAACUAGAUAUUUGGUAACCAAGUGUAUACAAAGUUGUGACUUCGUGUUUCCCAAAUAUUUAUGACAAUUUCUUUUUGGUUACAUAUUAUUGACAUUUGGGAAAAUGCUGCGAUUUUAAUUCGAUACAAUGUGGCCCCUUAGUCUUUUAAAAUACUCGUAAUGUUGUGAAAGUACAUGUUUCGUGUAGCAGAUGUAUGGAACAAAUUAUUUGCUGUAUAAUGUGAGUUUAGAGAUGGUUUUAUAUUAUGCUGGGUGAUUGGAAAAUUUUAUGCAUCUAAGUAUAUUAAUAAAUUGAUGCAACUGUUUCAAUUUUUAAGAAUAAACGUCAAUUAUAUUAAAAAAAAAUACUUUAUGUGGCAAUGAGUGUCAUAAUUUCUUAUUUAACUAUCUGUAUAACUGUUCUAUGAUUAAUUUCAAAGAAAAGUUCAUGUUGAACGGUUGUAAAAAGAAAAAGACAGUCAGCGUCGGUCUAUUUCGAACAAAUCUUCUUUAUUCUAUUUAAAAAAAUGCUUAAUUUUCAUAGAUUUCCUUUCUUCAUUUACGCCAAUCGCCCAGUCGUUGAUUAGAACAUAUCUAUUGCUAUGAAAGCGCUUGUUGUUGUUAUAUAUAUAUAUAUUUAUGUGUCGAGAUUAUUCGUUAGAGAUUGCUUUUUAAGCCCAACAGAGAUCUGGCAUAGUCGGUCCAUUUUCACGACUCUUAUGUGAUUUCUAUCAUAUGUUAUCUAUUAUAGUAUUUUUAACUGACGAUCGCUUAUUUAUAAAAUAAACUUCCAUUAUUCGACAUGACUUCCUAAUAUCGACUAUCGACUAUGUUAGGAUUGCGUGGAUUGAGAACUGACAGGAGCCGGUGAGGUAAAUUUCUAUACACAGAUGUUUUUUAUUGUUAGCAAUCAUUUUUACGUCAUUUUAUUUUAGGAUCACUCAUAAAAAUAGUAAAAACAUAUUAUUGUCAUUAAUUAAAAAUAGAAAAACAUUUGAAAAGACUAAUUAAGUUAAAGUCAUUACUUAUAUUUUCGUUUAUUUUUGUAAUACGACUUAUUUUGUGAUAACAAUUGUUAUAGGUUAUAUUGUAAAUUGCGAGGAUUUUCUUCUGAACGUUAAUUUUUUUUUUGUAAUCUGUGGAAUGUUUUAAAAAGAAAUGUGUUGAUAAAUUUGUUCUAAACUGGUGCUUACAAAAGUAUUUCGUCAAUGCCUUCUACGGACGCGGUAUUUAUAUGUAGUUAAUUUUAUUAAUUAUUUAACAGUUCGCUUGAAACUCCCUCUAAAUGCUUUCAAUAAAACGAAUAAAUUACGAUCAUAUUUCUAUUGUUUGUUUUGACGUAGCAAAUGUGGUUAUAAAUGCGAGAAACGGUGUUAGAUGUAACGGUGUAGCCUCCACUGAAUGUUAGAGGUGAAUCCUAUGUAUACUACGGCUUAUAAAGUUAUUAGAUAGUGCUUGUUUAAUAAAUAAAGAACGUACGCGGUACUCUGUAUCAGAGUCCGACAUUUGAUUGUACUGAAAUCUCUUGAAAAUAUGAUUUUUGUAAGGGCCGUUUGGCUCGAUGGAUAGCGACUAAGUUUUGCCUUGAUGAAUUUGUUUGGUUUGUAUAGAAGUGAAAAUCAAAGUGUGGGAUGCGAGGUGCGGCGAGAGUCGAGACGCUCGCACUAGUUGAAAUGCUUUAUUGUAAUAAACAUAUUUUAACAUCGCACAUUAUAAUAAAUUAAUCGAAAUUGAA